AUGCCGCCUAAAUUCAAGCGAAACACUUCGAAAGCGCAGCCAGAAGCCACACUACUCAAAUCACCAACACGAUCAAAAGUAGGACCACCAGUCAAGCACUCCAUUCAAUCUAACGCUCCCUCCAACAGCAGCAACGGCCCACGAGUCCUAUACUGGUUCCGCACAGACUUGCGCAUCCACGACUCUCCAGCAAUCCACCACGCCCUCUCGCUCGAGCCAAGCGCAUUCAUACCGAUCUGGACCUGGGAUCCUCACUAUGUCUACCGUGCGCGUGUUGGCCCAAACCGCUGGAAAUUUCUGCUCGAGUCUCAGCAAGUAUUGAGUGAUCGAUUGAAGGAGUUGAACCCGAAGCAGAAGCUGCAUGUGGUGCGUGAAGGGCCGACGACGGUGAUUCCGAAGCUUAUUCGGAAGUGGAAGAUUGAUGUCCUUGUGUUUGAGAAGGAUACUGAUGCGUAUGCCAAGGAUCGGGACAAGGAGGUUUUUGAGAAGGUUGGUGCGUUGAGUAAGGAGCUCGGGAGGGAGGUUAAGGUUGUUACUACUGUUAUGGGUCGCACGUUAUUUGAUCCAGAUGAGUUGGUUAAGAAGAAUGGUGGGAAGCCGACGAUGACUAUGGCUCAGACUGUGAAGGCUGCGGAGCAGAUUGAUCCUGGAGAUGGUGGUAAGAAAGGUGAGCCAAGGAGAUGUUUGCCUACUCCUACAUGGCUGCCUGAUCCAUUAGAUCCGACAGAAAUGGAUCUUAGUAGUGCUGCGGAGUUUCAGCACGAGGUGCCAGACAGAAAGCCUGAUGUGAAUGAGGGGCAGCGCGGUCUGGACAAGGAGGAGCAGCAUUAUGAGAAUGUCGCUGGUCCGAACAACGAUUUUGCAGUCGUGACAUUGGAGGAGAUGGCCAUUGAUCCGAAAAUGGCAAUGACGCCACACAAGGGUGGUGAGCUGGAAGCAUUAAGGCUCCUAAAAUCGUAUAUCGACAAUGAAGAAUAUGUUGGCACAUUCGAGAAACCAAAGAGUAGUCCAGCAGAUUUUGAGCCACAAAGUACAACCCUGUUGAGUCCACAUCACCACUUUGGAACUCUAAGCAUAAGGAAAUUUUGGUGGGAUGUGCAAGAAGUAUUCGAGAAACGGAAGAAGGCUGGAAAGACUAACGCUCCAGAGCCCACGAAUUUUCCAGGACAGCUAUUGUUUCGAGAUAUGUAUUUUGGAGCGCAAGCUGCAUUGGGUUGGGCAUUCGCUCAGACACAGGGCAACCCAAUUGCGAGGUUCAUUCCUUGGCAUUUGCAGAGCAACUAUUCAGACUCGCCAGUUGGGGAGCACUUAUUGGACGGCACGUACAAUGUGGACGAUGAGAAAGCAGAAGAAUACUUCAGAAGGUGGAAGGAAGGGAGGACUGGAUUUCCGUGGAUCGACGCUUUGAUGCGGCAGUUGAAGUAUGAAGGCUGGAUGCAUCACCUAGGAAGACAUUCUGUGGCUUCAUUCCUGACAAGAGGCGGCUGCUAUGUGAGCUGGGAAAGAGGCGCAGAGGUAUUCGAAGAAUGGCUAAUUGAUCACGAGACAGCUUGUAAUGUGGGGAACUGGAUGUGGCUAAGCUGUACAGCCUUCUUCAGCCAGUUCACACGUGUUUAUAGUCCGAUAGCAUUCGGCAAGAAAUGGGACCCAGAAGGCCACUUUGUCCGCAAGUACGUACCUGAGCUCAAGAAUUUUGACAGCAAGUACAUUUAUGAGCCUAACAAGGCACCAAUCGCCGACCAGAAGAGAUGGGGUUGUCAAAUUACAGGGGAUGGUAUAGAUACUGGCACAGAGGAGAUGGCUAAAUAUCCGAAGCCAAUGUUUGAUUUCAGUGAAAUGAGGAGUUUUUGCUUGGACAAGAUGAAAGAAGCAUAUGGUGCUCAUUUAUAUGGUGAUGAUCCUAAAGUUCUAAGUGGAGAGUGGAAGAAGAUUUUCGAUUACCCUGAAGGUGGUGUGAAGAAGGAUGAGGCUGCCGGCACUAUGUCGAAACCUAAGAAGAGAACAAGAAGCGUCGAAGAGCAUACUGAUGCAUACGGAACGGACGCUGAUGUUGGAUAUCUGACUGAUGAGGAGCCACCACACAAGGCCAAAAGGGGAAAUAACACAAAAGGCUCGAAAGGAGGUCAACUCAAGCUCGAUGGGAUCGUGACAAGAGGCAAAAAGUAG